CUGAUCACAACUGAUCACAACGUGACCUUAAGGGAAGUCGACAUUGACAGUAAUUAUAUAAAUAUAAAUAAAUAAACAGUACUCCAAAACGAUAUGUUCGGUUAAAAGUUAUGACGAAUGACUGAAAUACAUUAAUUAGUUAUAUUGGUGCACUUUAAGUCGACAUAAAUAAUUUAAUCAUGGUUAUAUACGGCGUUUAUAUCGUGUCGAAAUCAGGUGGAUUAAUUUUUAAUCAUGAUCACAAUGUUCCACGAAUUGAAAGCGAAAGGACCUUUAAUUAUCCAUUGGAUAUAAAACUCAGUUAUGAGAAUAAAAAGAUUGUCGUGUGCUUUGGGCAAAAGGACGGAAUUAAUGUGGGUCACGUUUUAACGGCAGUAAAUGGCAGUUUAGUAACCGGAAGAGAUCUGGAAAAUGGAAAGGAUGUAUUUGAAUUGUUGGAGCAGCCAGAAAGUUUUCCCUUGUCGCUUAAGUUCAGUCGUGCUAGGAUGACCACAAAUGAAAAAAUUUUCUUAGCAUCCAUGUUUUAUCCUUUAUUCGCAAUUGCCAGUCAACUUAGCCCUGAGCCACGUUGUUCUGGAAUUGAAAUCCUGGAGGCUGACACAUUUAGACUUCAUUGUUAUCAAACACUAACUGGAAUUAAAUUCAUUGUUGUAGCAGAGCCUACACAAAAUGGAAUAGAAAUUUUAUUGAAGAAAAUAUAUGAACUAUAUGCUGAUUAUGCUUUAAAGAAUCCAUUUUAUUCACUGGAAAUGCCAAUCAGAUGUGAAUUAUUUGAGACAAAUUUGCAAACAUUGUUAGAAAAUGUUGAAAAGUCUGGUGCUGGUAGCGUUUAAUCUGUAAUAGGUUAGAAAUGAAAUUGUAAGGUGGACAAAGUUCAUUAUCACACCUAUCAAACAGGCUUUGCAGAUAAAUUGGGUUCAAGUAUACGAUAAAACUGUUCUAACGAAAGAAAAAGCAUAAGGUUUUAUGUACUUCGGCAUGUAAAGUAAAGUGAAGUGU